UUUUGUGCCUUUGCUAUUUUGUUUAUUAACCGACCAAUUGCGAACCAAAUCAUGCCUCACGCCAACGGUACACACGACUCGUAUGACACCAAUGGUCAGGGCCUUGGAGCCGAGCUAUGGAGACAUUCAUCGCCAGAGUCUACUCAGAUGUGGACGUUUUUACAGACAGUGAACAAGGCAAAGAACAUUCAAUUGAAGAACUACGACGAUCUCUACAACUGGAGCAUAGAUCAGACUGCAGACUUUUGGGAGGCUGUAUGGCAGUUCACAGGCAUCAAAGCCUCAGCCUCAUAUGAUGAAGUCUUACCCAAAGAUGCACCUAUGUUCCCAAGACCAUCAUUCUUUCGUGGAGCCAAGCUGAACUUUGCCGAGAACCUACUCUUUCCACCUCAAGCACCCAGCCCGGAUAGUCCAGCCAUCAUUGCCGCCACUGAAACUGGUCGGGAGACAGUGACAUGGGCCGAACUGCGCGAAAAGGUGCGUGUCUGUCAAUCUGGCAUGCUUGCUCUCAACGUCAAGGCCGGAGACAGAGUGGCAGGCUAUGUCGCGAACCACACCAACGCUCUGGUAGCCAUGCUAGCUGCUACAUCGCUGGGUGCUAUCUGGACAGCCAUCAGCCCGGACACUGGAGUUACUGCAGUCUUGGAUCGUCUCACCCAGAUUGAACCUGUCAUUUUGUUUGCAGAUAACGCCAGCUUGUAUAAUGGCAAGACUCAUCCAACCAUGCCAAAGGUGCAGGAGAUCGGAUCAUCGCUACCGAGCCUAAAAGCACUCGUCAUCUUUCCAACAGUUCCUUCUGUAUCGGCAGAAAUUGAUGUGCCUUCUUUGGCAGGCAUUGUGGUCUCAUAUGACAGCUUCGUCAAGAAGGAAGCCGCUCCGAAAGAAACCAUCUUCACUCAAUUACACCCUGAUCACCCCGUCUACAUUCUCUACAGUUCUGGCACUACCGGCGCACCGAAAUGUAUUGUUCAUGGAGCUAUCGGAACACUACUCCAACACAAGAAGGAACACAUCUUACAUUGUGACAUUCAACCAGGAGACAAGUUGUUCUACUUCACAACAUGCACAUGGAUGAUGUGGCAUUGGCUGGUUUCAGGUCUCGCAAGUGGUGCAACCUUGGUACUAUACGAUGGCUCACCUUUCAGAUAUGUUUCCGACGGCAAAUCUGUUCCCGAUGAUCUGGCCAUGGCAAGACUGAUCGAUGAAUUGAGCAUCACACACUUCGGCACAUCAGCCAAAUAUCUCUCAGUACUGGAACAGAAGUCUGUCAUGCCAAAGGAACAGGGCGUCUCAUUGAAAACACUCAAAGCAAUCUACAGCACUGGAUCUCCUCUCGCACCAUCAACCUUCCAAUACGUCUACCAAGCUUUCGGUUCUGUGAACCUGGGAAGCAUCACGGGUGGCACAGACAUCAUCUCCCUCUUUGGCGCCCCCUGUCCCCUCACACCCGUCUACACCGGCGAAAUCCAAGUCCUAGGCCUCGGCAUGGCCGUCCGCGCGUGGGACUACCUCGGCGCCGACGUAACAACCACAGGCUCCGCCGGCGACCUCGUCUGCACAAAACCCUUCCCCUGCCAACCAGUCCAAUUCUGGGGUCCCACCGGCGAAUCAAAAUACCAAUCUUCUUACUUUGAGACCUUCCCCGGCGUCUGGCACCAUGGCGAUUUCAUUCGCUUCAACCCCAAAACUGGAGGGUUGUACAUGCUUGGUCGCAGUGAUGGUAUCCUGAAGCCCUCGGGUGUGAGAUUUGGCAGUGCGGAGAUUUACAACAUCUUGCUCAAGCAUUUCCCUGACACAGUGGAAGAUGCUCUCUGCAUUGGUCGUCGCCGCGAAACCGAUGACGAUGAGACAGUGGUUCUCUUCCUCAAGAUGAAGGAAGGCGAGAAAUUCAACACCGACUUGGUCAAGAGCAUUCAGAAAGUCAUCAGGGGUGAACUCAGUGCUCGUCAUGUUCCUGGCAUCGUGGACGAGACACCAGAGAUCCCGGUCACUACUAAUGGCAAGAAGAUUGAGGCUGCGGUCAAGCAGAUUCUGUGUGGGAUGAAUGUGAAGACGUCGGCUUCGGUAGCUAAUGCUGGGUGCCUGGAUUGGUACAGGGAGUGGGCAAACUCGCAUAAUUAGAUGUUAGCAGGAGAUUAAUCAGAGCUGAUAGAUAGGCAGUCUACUAAUUCUGAAGCACUAAGAGAUACAAGAAACCAAGGAAUGCUUUCAUAUAUAAUACUAAGAUUCCUUGUCCAAGUUGCAUGAGACCAGCACGUUGUGUGAGUACGUGAGACAGAAGAAGAUGUC